AUGGAGGCCAAAGCGACCAGUGAGCAGUCGCUGGCAAGCGCAAUCUCUGUUAGCGACGCAGGAUGGGUGCUCGUCUGCCUAGCUGGACACAGAGUCUCGCUCUUCAUUGCGCGCACCGCCAUGAAGCGAUUCUUUCCUACGACAUACGCCCAGCUUAAGAAAGAUCAAGGUAGCCGAUUUCCAGCCUACUUUGUCUUCGUUGUUGGCAUCGUAUGGACCAUCAUUAGCGCCCCAAUAUGCCUUGGAGCCUUCGUGUCCACCCCGGCAGACACAGACCAACCAGGAGUUCACCCCCGAAUGUCCACAAUGGAGAGGGUUUGCUUGAGCUCGCGUGGUGCGCUUUGGAUAUCUGAGCUGCCACUUUUGAGCUACUCAUCGGGAUACAUUGUUCACCAUGCCCUGUCGCUUAGCUCGCUUGCCAUCAUCAUCGUCAACAGCCUUCCGCGCCGGCCUCUAUACUUGAUCUACGCCGGUCUAAUCACAGAGCUCUUCUCGGAUACGGUGGCAUUGCUCAGGUUCGGGGGGCAGAAUCACAAGAAUUCGAGACUCUACGCACAUAUUUCGGUCAUUAAUGCAUUGUCUCUUCUGAUUGUCCGGGCACUGCCCGCGAUAACGGUUACGCUAUCCGUGCUGAUGCCAGUGAAGAGAAUGAGCGGGCUGAACUACAUCGCCUGUGUCGUUUUCUAUUGCGUCUGGUUACUGCGGCUAGCUUUUAAGCAACUAUCUAUGUUAGGAGUCGUGGAGCUUGUCUUGGUCAGGCCCGGUUAUAUUCGCCUUGGUCAGAGGACGCGGAUAACACUAUACCGCCUCAUGCUCGGCCUCUCCAUAGUGGCGGUUGAGAUGGUUACGGCGGCUGUGUACUGCUCACAGCGUGACGUGCUAUUAUCGAGCACAGAGUCUCAUGAUUUAGUCAUAGCCGGCCUUGGAACCGUCAUAGCCGGGCUAUUUGGAGCCAAAGCUGUUAAUUCUCUGAUGCUAGCAAUCGACUACUCUCGAUCGAAAACGUUGCAUUCUUAUCCUCCCGCUCGACGCACGUUUCCCAACUCAGAUUCCGUUUUUACUUUCUUUGCUAAGACCUCGGACCCCGAAAGCCGCACUGUCAGUUUCUACAAAAUGUCCGGCGUGCCAUUCCUGGAUAUUAUAUCUUUGAACGGCAUUUCUAUUCAAGGCGGCAUCCUAUUCUCAGCUCUGUGGGUAUCUCAGAUCCAUUACGCUGCGCCAACCGUUGCUAGAGACGUGUUGCUUGCUUCCAUGGCCCUGGCGCUGUUGCUUGGUGAAGCCAUUGGGCGUAUCGGGUGCUACUUUGGCGGCUGCUGCGGUGCCAGACAUGACCAGAAUCGCGCGGAUAAGAUCCCUAGUGUGCAGCUCUUGACGUCGACGCUUAACUUGAUUGCCUUCCUUGGAUUGGCAACCGCCCUGAACUGCGGGCUUAUGAGCUUGCUGGAGACGGGAUGUACUGCAAUGGCUGUGAAUGCAGCCAUUCGGCUUGUGGUUGACCGGCUGAGGAAUGAUGCGAUGGAGAAAGCUGUAGGUACUGCAACAGUCUUUGCCGGAUGCCAGCUAUUCCUGUCCAGCUGGAUAUACUUUUCACUAAGACGAGGCCAUGAUCGGGAAGUGUCCUUCGUCAUUAGUGCUACGAUAUAUAUGGUUGCUAAGAGCCUGAUGUUCGCCAUCUCCGGCCGAGUCACCUGGCUUACUCUGGCUCAGUUGCCACUCCGGACAAAGCUAUCAUGGCUCCUGAGGCCUAUUGUGUUUGUAUAUCUGUUUAGUCUGGCUAUAGUACUGCUUUCCAUAGCUGAUGCCUAUAAUCAAAGCACAGCUAUAGGACCUAUGUUCCUUGAGUCUUAG